AAUUAUAUAUAUAUAUACACACGAUGGAGAUGGGCCGUGACCGUUGCUUGAUUAUCACAAGCCGUUGUUGGAUCGUGGAAUGAAUCCUUAAUAUAAAUUAUACAUUUGGGCUGUUGCUUACUAUCGAAUUGUAUCGCGGCCCAUUACUAAAGGACGUUGGAUCGUAUAGUUAUUACAGCCCACGCAGUCCGCGAGGCCCUAUAUAUAAGCGUUGUUAAGCUCCUUCCUGUACUUUCUUCACUCCAUUUCCAUAGAUUCAAGAAAAAGAAAACCCCGCCUUCUUCUCUAGGGUUUAGUAUUCUCCUCUCCGCUUCAUUCAUUCCAGCUCUGGCGCUAGGGUUACUCAGAGCCCCAAGGAGAGAGCUCGAUGGUUUCGCCGCAGCAGUUCCUCGCUAUCAUCGAAGCGGCCCUUCUAGGCCCCUCACCUCCGAGCCCAGCGCAGCGGAUCGAGCUCUUGCACGCCGUCCGUUCCUCCCUCCCAAUGCUCCAGAACCUCCUUGUCUAUCCGGGCCCGAAGGCAUCUGAUCGUGCUCAGGUUCAGUCCAUGGAAGUCAGGCUUCCGGAUUCUCCUCCUAUUUCUCUUGACAACAUGGAUGUUCAGAUAGCUCUGAAGCUGAGUGAUGAACUCAAUCUCAAUGAAGUCGAAUGCGUUCAGUUGCUUGUUUCUGCUAAUAAAGAGUGGGUUCUCUUGGGCCGAGAACCUUUGGAGAUUUUUCGGCUUGCUGCUGGACUAUGGUAUGCUGAGAGAAGAGAUUUGAUAACCUCUCUUUACACUCUCCUACGGGCGGUUGUUCUGGACCAGGGUCUAGAGACUGAUCUUUUGUCAGAUGUUCAGAAGUACCUUGAGGAACUAUUUAAUUCUGGACUUAGACAGCGCCUACUUCUUCUCAUAAAGGAACUUAAUAGGGAAGAACCCUCCGGUUGGGGUGGCCCAAAUUGUGAACGCUAUAUGCUUGAUUUCAGAGGGGCUAUUGUCCAUCGUCAAGAUGUUGUUUCCCGUGAAAGAUUAACUCUCAGUCAUUGCCUCGUUCUAUCUGUACUUAUUACCCGGAUCGGCUCAAAAGAUGUAAAAGAUGUUUUCGCAAUUCUGAAGGAUUGUGCAGCUGAACUUAAUAAUGGUGGUGACACAGUAAUGCAGUUUCAGAUAAUAUUCAGCCUUGUAUUUACUCUUGUUAUCGCCUUUACAUCGGACGCUUUGAGUGUGGUCACUGAUAAAGCUUCUGUACUGUCUAACGAUGCUUCCUUCAGACAUGAAUUCCACGAAAUAGUUAUGGCUACUGGGACUAAUCCAAACGUGGAGGGGUUUGUUGAUGUUAUAAGACUUGCAUGGACUGUGCAUCUUAUAUUGACUCAAGAUUGUGGUUUUGUAAAGGAGAGCACUUCUUCCUCAGGGGAGUUGGCAAAUAUCUAUUCAUGCCUUGAACUUGCCUGCUCCAACAAUGUUUUUCAAUUUUUACUCACCAGAAUUCUUUGGACUGCUGCUUACCAGAAUGAGGAUGAGGAUAUGUCGUACAUGUAUAAUGGGUACUUGCAUAAGCUGAUGAUGUGCUUUCUUUCUCACCCAAUUACCAAAGACAAGGUGAAAGAAAUGAAAGAGAAAGCUAUGAAUGUCCUUAGCCCAUACAUCUUGGUGGGACCAGAUGACUUCAGGGAUGACAAUGGUUUUGGUUCACAGCAGCAUGCUCAGAUGAAUAAUCAGCCUUUUGUUUCUCUUUUGGAACUUGUUAGUGAAAUUUAUCAGAAAGAACCUGAACUAUUGUCCGGCAAUGAAGAUUUGUGGGCAUUUAUCAAGUUUGCCGGAGAGGAUCAUACUAGCAUACAAACUCUUGUGGCUUUCCUGAGGAUGCUUGGUACAUUGGCUUCUAACGAGGAAGGUGCUUCGAAAGUUUUCGAGUUGCUUCAGAGUAAAAUGUUCCGCACUGUUGGCUGGAGUACCUUGUUUGAGUGUUUAUCUAUCUAUGAGGAGAGAUUCAAGCUGUCGCUCCAAGCUUCUGGAAGCUUGUUGCCUGAUUUUCAGGAGGGAGAUGCACAAGCACUUGUUGCCUACUUGAAUGUUCUUCAAAAGGUUGUAGAAAACGGAAAUCCUAUUGAAAGGAAGAAGUGGUUUCCGGAUAUUGAACCUCUAUUCAAGCUUCUUGGUUAUGAAAAUGUGCCUCCAUAUUUGAAGGGUGCACUACGAAAUGCUAUUGCUACUUUCAUCCGAGUGUCUCCUGUACUUAAAGAUGCAAUCUGGAGCUAUCUUGAACAAUAUGAUUUACCAGUGGUUAUUGGCCCUUCUCUUGGGAAUGGUGCCCAACUUAUAUCUUCACAGGUUUAUGACAUGAGAUUUGAAUUAAAUGAAGUUGAAGCAAGGAAGGAAAGAUAUCCAUCUACUAUAUCCUUUCUCAAUUUGUUAAAUGCUCUUAUUGCUGAAGAAAGGGAUGUGAGCGAUAGAGGUCGUAGGUUUUUGGGGAUCUUUAGGUUUGUCUAUGAUCAUGUAUUUGGGCCUUUUCCUCAGAGAGCAUAUGCAGAUCCAUGCGAGAAGUGGCAAUUAGUUAUCUCUUGCCUCCAGCACUUCAAGAUGGUUCUGAGCAUCUAUGAUAUCAAUGAGGAAGACAUUGGUAACUCUGUUGGUCUAUCCCAAUUGGGUUCUGCAGUUCAUGCUUCAUCUGACAUCCAACUUCCUGUAGUUGAACUGAUGAAAGAUUUUAUGAGUGGUAAAAUUGUGUUCAUGAACAUUAUGAGCAUCCUUCAACUGGGGGUGAAUGCGAUCAUCAAUGACCGGACUAGUCAAACAUACGGGCAGCAUUUAGAAAAAGCUGUUCUACUAUCUUUGGAAAUUAUACUUUUGGUAUUGGAGAGGGACUUAUUUCUUGCUGAUUCAUGGCGCCCAUUGUACCAGCCAUUGGAUGUUAUCCUAUCUCAAGACCCGAACCAAAUUGUUGCACUGUUGGAGUAUGUGAGAUACAGUUUUCUACCACAAAUCCAGCUGUGUUCAAUAAGAAUCACAAAUAUCCUUAGUUCUAGAAUUGCUGGACUUGUGCAGUUGUUACUGAAAUCAAAUGCAGCAAAUGUCCUUAUUGCAGAUUUUGCCUCAUGUCUUGAGUUACGUUUUGAGGAGUGCCAGGUCAUAGAGAAUACAAAAGAGGAUCCUGGUGUUCUAAUAUUGCAGCUCUUGAUUGAUAAUAUUAGUCGUCCUGCACCAAAUAUUACACAUUUGCUGCUCAAAUUUGAAGUAAAUGGUCCGGUAGAAAGGACUGUGUUGCAACCAAAAGUUCAUUACAGUUGCUUGAAGGUUAUCCUUGAUAAUUUGGAAAGGCUAUCGAAACCAGAUAUAAAUGCCUUACUAUAUGAGUUUAGUUUCCAGCUUCUUUACGAAUUAUGUUUGGAACCAUUGACCUCUGUUCCUAUAAUGGAUCUUUUGAGUACAAAGAAGUACCAAUUUUUUUCAGAGCACUUGGAGACAAUUGGAGUUGCUCCACUGCCUAAAAGGACUAACAAUCAGGCUCUUCGUAUCAGUACUCUGCAUCAGAGGGCGUGGUUGCUAAAACUUAUAGCGUUGGAAUUGCACUUAGGUGAUGUGGCAACAACCACCCAUCAGGGAACAUGCAUAGCCAUUCUUUCUCAUCUUUUUGCUCAGUGCAAUAUUGGUAUUUCUGGAGAUUCAAAUGUGUCUCAAUUCUUUGAAUCUGAUGCUGGUUAUGUUGGGGCGAGAACUAUGAAUAAAUGCAAGGUGCUUGAAUUGCUUGAGGUUGUCCAAUUUAAAUCUCCUGAUGUUACGUUAAAGUUUCCUCAGCCGAUGUUGAAGUUUAAAUAUGAACCCCAGGUGGAAGAUCUACUUAAAAAUCCAGCAACAUCCGACAUUGGUGGUAUCUAUUAUUAUUCUGAGCGUGGUGACCGACUGAUUGACCUGGAUGCUUUCCAUGAAAAACUUUGGCAGAUCUGUAAUGUUCUCAAUCCGCAACUGGUCUCCUUUAAUGAGGUUGAGAAGGGUGAAUUAAGAGAAUCCAUCCAGCAGUUGUUGAGAUGGGGGUGGAGAUACAACAAGAAUCUUGAAGAACAAGCAGCCCAACUUCAUAUGCUAACUGGUUGGACUCAGAUUGUGGAGAUCUCCAUAUCUAGAAGAAUGUCACUUCUUGAAAAUCGUUCUCAAAUAUUGUUUGAGUUGCUAGAUGCAUCGCUUAGUGCUGCAGCUUCGCCUGAUUGUUCUUUGAAAAUGGCCUUGAUAUUCAGCCAUGCGGGACUCACAUGCAUGGCUAAGCUGCAAGAUGAAAGAUUUUUAUGCCCAGGAGGCCUGGAUUCUGACAAUGUGACAUGCCUAGAUAUUUUAUUAGCGAAGCAGCUAUCAAAUGGAGCUUGCCAUUCUAUAUUAUUUAAGCUUAUAAUGUGUGUUCUAAGGAAUGAAUCAUCUGAAGUACUACGAAGGCGCCAAUAUGCAUUACUUUUAAAUUAUUUUCAGUAUUGCCGUAGCAUUCUUGAUCCAGAUGUGCCUGCAUCAAUAUUGCACUUCAUGAUUCAUGAAGAACAAGAUGGAGAUGAUGACUUGAGUCUUCGCAAGAUUGAUAGAGAACAUGCUGAACUGUCAAGGGCAAAUUUUUCGUUGUUGAGGAAAGAGGCUCACAUGCUAUUUGAUGUGGUGACAAAGGAUGCAUUGCAAGGCUGUGAAGUUGGACGGGCAAUAUCAUUUUAUGUUUUAGAUGCAUUUGUCAGUAUUGAUCAAGAUAAGUUCUUCCUGAGCCAGCUUCAGAGUAGAGGAAUUCUCAGAUCGUGCUUAAUAGAUAUCUGUAAUUUUUCUCGUAAGGAUGGCUGGUGUUCUGUACAAUCAUUCCAGAGAUUGAGCACUUUAGAAGCUGAGCUAGGAUUGAUGUUAAGAAUAAGCCACAAGUAUGGAAAAGUUGGUGCUCAGAUUCUGCUAUCAAUGGGUGUAUUAGAACAUCUGGCAUCAUGCAGGGCUGUUGACAUGCAAAUAAAGCGAGGUGGCAAUCAAGUUGGGAGAGAUCCAAUCGGAAUUGACAAGCAGCAGUUGCUUGUGGCUCCAAUAUUGAGAGUGGUCUCAAGCUUAACAUCAUUGGUGGAUUCAUCUGAUUUAUUAGAGGUUAAGAAUAAAAUCGUUCGUGAUAUUAUUGAUUUUGUCAAGAGACACCAGUCACUCUUUGAUCAAAUUAUAAGAGAGGAUUUAUCAAGAUCUGAUACAAAACAUUUGGAAUGCGUCAGUCUUGUGGUUUCUAUACUCUGCAAGGUUUGGCCAUAUGAAGAAAAUGAUGAGUAUGGCUUUGUUCAAGAGCUAUUUGGUAUGAUGAAGUUUCUCUUUUGUCUAGAUUUUGAGGCGUCCUGGUUAGUCCAACCAUCAGAGUCCCGAGAGAACCGGAAGAGCUCUGAAUUGAUCAUCUUUCAGCUUUGCUUUAGCUUGAGCUCUUACCUUUACUUUUUGAUCACAAAAAAGGGCCUGAGGUUGCAGAUUAUGGAAAGUUCUGGUGAACUUGGUGUAUCUGGAAGUCAGCAGCAACCGACAUUAUUCUUACUUACCAGCCUUCUUAAUUCAGUGAAUGUUGCUCUGGAAAAAGCUGGGGAAGAGAGAUUUAUGUUGCUUAAUAAGAUUCAAAAUAUCAAUGAACUGUCAAGGCAGGAAGUUGACGAAAUCAUCAGUAUAUGCAUGAGACAAGAUUGUAUCACUCCAUCUGACAACAUUCGAAAAAGGAGGUACAUUGCAAUGGUAGAAAUAUGCCAAAUUGCUGGGAACAGUAAUCAACUAAUUAUGCUAUUGCUUCAGCUUGCAGAACUUGUUCUUAAUAUCCUCCUUAUUCAUUUGCAGGAUAACAAAACUGGUGCUAAUGAAGAUCUGUCCUUGUUGUGCGGGAGAUUACUGCCAAUAUUAGAGAGGCUGGAACAAUUAAGGGAGGACAAAAUGGGACAUGGGUUGAAUCUGUUGCACAGAGCGGUGGCUGUGCUGAAAGAAGUGUCAAUCAGGAAUAUGGCACCUUAGAUAAAACAUAAAAGCUUUUUUGUGUGAUGCCUUAAAUUGACGCGCCAGAAGUUACAAGAAGAAACAUUGUAUAUGUAUUUCUCUAUAUGACCCAUUGUGUCCUAGUUGGAAUAUUUUGGACAUUUGUCCCGGUAGCUUACAAUGCGCAAGCAGUGAUUAAUUUAAAAAUUUUGACUUAAUUCGAUUUAUCCUAUAUAAUUCAGUUCUUCAGUA